UCUGUCUAAUCUAAUUUAAAAUGUGUUUGUUUAAAUAUAGCCAAUUUCUACAUUGUGGCUGUUAUUAGAAACCAAAGUAGUUGACAGAUUCUGCUGAACCACCAUGUACCAUUGUGUUUCUCUUCUGGAGCACUAAUUAGAUGGUUAUCUAUCGGACACAUCUACUAUUCCAAUGUAACUCUCGACUGAGAUCAUGUGGAGGAAGUAUGACUGCCCAGCAGCUGAUCCUGAGGCAGAGAGCGAAGCUGCUGAGUGCCCUGUGCUGCAGUGGGUCCUCUGAGGGUCUAGAGAGUGUACUGGACCUACUCCUGGCUUGGGGAGUGCUGGUCUGGGAGGAUUACCAGAGUAUAUUGCUACCAGGAAGCUGGGCUCUCCGUGCCAGCACCAGGGAGCUACUAGACCUGGUGUAUGCCAAGGGAGAUGAGGCUUGUGGGCUGCUCCUGGCUGCUUUCAAACAGGUCCUACCUGAUGCCCAAAAAGCUGGAAUUAAUUUUGGAAACGGAUGUUUUGCUGAUCUAGAAGACACAAUGGAAGAUAAAAAGGAACUUUCUAGUAAAGCUAUCCAGACCCUCCAGUCAGACAGGCCUAGUUUGAUAAGAAAGCUAAGGGACUCUAUUGAAGGAGCUCUGGAGGUGCUGCUGGAUGCAGGCAGCUUUACACCAUUGGAUUGCGAUGCAGUGCAGCUACCGGUGUACACACCUUCACAACAGGCCAGGCGUCUACUUGACCAGGUCAGAUCAAAGGGGGAGCAUGCAGCAAAAGUCCUCCUGCAUUACAUUCAACAAAAAGAGCAGCCUCCCUCACAAUCGACUGAAGAUGACUGGACAAUUCCAAAGGAGUGCUUGUGGUACCAGAAGAAGCUGCAAAGUUCGGUGUCAGCGCAGUCCCAUUUCCUCAGCACAAAUGGUGGAACCAGUAGUCUGUCUUUAGAUGACAUCUACAUAGAUGGUCAGCUGGAGCUGGUCCAGGUUUCUAGCGAAUCCCAGCCACAGUGCCGUGCUAUGGGGCUCGAGGAUGUGGUGGGCCUGCUGGGAACCUUGAACCAGGAGGCUGACACCGUGCUAAUAUCCGGGGAGGCAGGCAGUGGGAAAAGCACCCUGCUUCAGAGGCUACACCUUCUCUGGGCAAGGGGGGCAGCCAUUCGUGAAUUCCUCCUCCUAUUUCCCUUUAGCUGCCGCAGGUUGAGUUCAGAGCAAAGGGAGCUUUCCCUGAGGGAGCUGUUGUUUCUUCACUGCUGCUGGCCAGACAGGGACCAGGACCAGCUCUUCCAGUUCAUCCUGGACAAUCCACACCUCAUCCUCUUCACCUUUGAUGGUCUGGAUGAGCUAAAGCAGUGCUUCUCAGACUCAGAGCAGAGGCACUGCUGCCCAACUCGGUGUGUACCCAUUCCCACCUUGAUCUUUAACCUGUUGCAAGGCUCCCUGAUGAAAGGGGUGAAGAAGGUGGUGACCAGCCGGCCGGACGUGGUGGGGCCCGCCCUGAGGAGGUACCUACGAAAGGAAGUCCUUUUGAAAGGCUUCUCUCCCAACGGUAUUAAAUGCUUUGUGAGGAAGCAUCAUUGUGACCCCAACGUGGCGAACAGGGUCCUGGACUCCCUACAAAACAACACAGCUCUAAAGGGCCUGUGUCACAUUCCAGUUUUCUGUUGGAUUGUGUCCAAGUGUUACAAGGAGUUAUUGGGAUGUGGAGAUAGAGAGGGCUGUCCCCAGACAAUCACAGAUGUCUACCUCAUGAUGCUGCAGCACUUCUUCCAGUGCCGAGACUCUCCGAGGAAGUCCCUGGGUAUUGGGUGGCUGCAUGAGUACAAGGAUACAGCCUUACAUCUGGGGCAGCUAGCCAUGGAGGGAAUCAAGGACUCCUGCUACACCUUCCCAGGCACAGAGCUGCAGAAAUUUGGAGUCACCGAGGAAGAUAUAGGCAUGGGGUUCCUUAUCCAUAGUAAACAUCUCUCCUCCUUCCACAACUGUAUACACUACGAGUUUCUGCAUGUCACCAUGCAGUGUUUCUUUGCUGCUCUCUAUAUUGUCCUGAACAAUAACUUGAACCGCUCCACCAUCCCUAAAAUCUUUCAACCCAAAGACAGGCAGCUACAGCCCCCCUUACACAGAGCGUGUCUCAGACAUUGCCUUAACGGGCAAGAAGAGGCCUUGAAGGAGCUUGCUAUGGCUUCAGAGAACCCUAACAUUCAGAUAACAGCCACCUUUGUAUCUGGGCUCUUAUCUCAUCGCCACCGUAGCCUUCUUCUCCCCUCAUGCCCUGGGCCCACUUUGGAUAGGAAGUCCAAACAGGUGGUGAAGAGCCUGUCUAAAGGCAUGCACAAGCAUUUUAAAUCCAUCCCCCAGCCAGUGGAAGAGGAGAAGAAGAGCAUGCAUGCCAUGCCAGACUUUGUCUGGCUCAUCAAGUGCAUCUACGAGAUGCAGGAUAGCAGUAUCGCCAAGGACACUAUGGCUAAGCUGGAGGUAGAACACCUGAAAUUGACCUACUGUAACAUAGGCCCUGUGGAGUGCACUGCACUGGCCUACGUGCUCCAGCACCUUAGGAACCCUGUGGGGCUUCAGCUAGACUACAACUCCAUGGGAGAUGUCGGGGUGGAGCAACUGCUGCCUUGCUUGCAUGUCUGCCACUCUCUAUACCUGAGAAACAAUAACAUAUCAGAUGAGGUGAUUGGAACAUUGGUUGAAAAAGGCAUCCAGUGUGAGAGCUUUCAGAAGAUUGCGCUUUUCAACAACAAGCUAACUGAUGCCUGCACACAUCACUUGGCUCACCUCCUAAAGAUGAAGCAGAAUUUUCGCUCUCUAAGGCUGGGAAACAACUACAUUACAGCAGAAGGGGCAGAGCAACUGGCAGAGGGGCUGAGGUUAAAUAUUUCACUACAGUUCUUGGGGCUUUGGGGGAAUAUGAUAGGUGACAGAGGUACAAAGGCUAUUGCCAAUGCUCUAAAGAACAGCCAAACUUUGGUGUGGCUCAGCCUGGUAGACAAUGGUGUUAGCAGUGAAGGAGCAUGUGCCCUGGCCCCACUGAUUAAGAACAGUACGCUAGAGGAGCUCUGGUUAACACAAAACUGCAUCACAAGAGCAGGUGUAGAGUUCAUAAUACAGGCUCUUAAAAGUAACACUAGUGUAAAGGCAGUAUGGCUGAGAGGUAAUGAGCUUAGUCCAGAAGAGAUAGAGGAUCUGGCACAGCAAGAACCACGGCUAAUAUUCUGAUGAUGCCAAAAGUGCAAGUUCAACCACAGACCAAUUAAAUAUUGUUGUUUACAGCCAUGGGGGUCACAUGUAACAAUGUUGGCAGAGCAAGAAGCUUACAACGGCAGGGUUGGGUGUUCGAUUUCUUCGGAUGGCCAAAAUGUAUGCAGUCACUAAUGUAUAGUGGGGAGAACAAGUAUUUGAUACACUGCCGAUUUUGCAGGUUUUCCUAC